AUGGUUCAUCGGUGGUCUCGGGUAGACGUAAAACCCAUUUUUCACACCUGCGUCUUCAUUGCUUUCGUUUUUUCCAUUGCUCACUCUCUCUCUGCCGUCGACCAACCAGCAACCGUGAGCCUCACCGCUGCACCACCAUCCGGCCACCGGCCCACCGGCAUCUGCCAUCCCGUCCAGCCACCAGCCCACCAUCACACAGUGCCCUCCGCGGCUCUACCUAUUUCAGACGGACCUAACAGCGCCCUUUGCCGGUUUCAGUCGCCCUCCAGCUCUGCGGCUCUACAGGCAGCCUUCUUCACUCAUUCGGUCAUUCUCCAUCCAAAAGCAAGUGAAAGAGGCAAUGGUGACACGUGGAGACGGAGGCCUAGGAGUCGAACUUCCAAUCGAGGAGGUCCCUCUACUACAGAAGUGACGCAAGGGAUAUGUGGGAUCAUAAAACUGGACGUUCUAGAGGAUUUGGUUCUGUUUCUUUCCGUAAUCAGCAGGUUAAAGUGCUACGAUACUUGCAUUUCAACAACUGGAGCACUUGGAAGACAAUCACCUAUUUCUCAGGAUGAUUCACAAGGACAAGCAUCACGUUAUACAAGGUGUGAUCAUAGCACAAGCUUGCGCCAUAGUGAAAGUGGCAUGGUUGAUCAGGUUUUGUUGACAAUAAAUGCUGAUGGUUUGAGAUUUGUGAAAGUGAGAAUGAGAUCUGUUCGUAUUCCACAGAUUGGAGAUAAGUUUAGUAGUAGGCAUGGCCGAAAGGGUACUGUAGGUAUGACAUAUUGGCAAGAGGAUAUGCCAUGGAUGGUGGAAGGCAUUACACCUAACAUUAUUGUCAUCCCACAUGCUAUUCCAUCUCGAAUGAUAAUUGGGCAGCUGAUUGAGUGCAUCAUGGGCAAAAUGGCAGGUCAUAUGGGGAAGGAAGGAGAUGCUACAUCAUUUACAGAUGUCGCAUUAUCUUAACCUAGACCUGAAGAUUUUGUCGUCAAAGUUAAAUCAUAAUAUGGCCCCGAAGUUUGCAAAGUUGAACAAAACUUUGGUUGAGUUGGUUAGGGACUGACAAGUUUAAAUUUCUCAAGUACUUGAGAGUUCGGACAUUUUUACUGAACAUGUUUGGUUGGUGAUGAAUGUAAUGGCAACAAUUUUCCUCUGUCAACCAUGCUCAUAGUUCAUAAGGAGUGUUUUUCUUUGCUUUGCUCCAAGCUAAAUAUGUGUCUUUUCAUUUGAGGUCAGAAUCAUUAAUUUUUUAAA